UAUCCAACAUUAGCUGAGCGAAUGAGGAUUAUACCGGAGACUUCAGUAUUCCGGCGCUUCGGGUUCCUAAACCAGCUAAACUUGUUGUACCUACAAGCUGAUCUGGUGGACAUCGAGGACAGACUGAAGAGGAUACAGAGAAUAGAUGAUAGAAAGCCUGGAGAUGAGAGUUCCUACGCUCGAGACUGGCUUUGUCUAAAAGAAGGAGAUGGCCGGCAGCUGCAGCUUGUCCGGGAAGCCCAAGAAUUGCUAGAAAAAUAUACCCAUAGGAUAUGUAUAACAGAUUUGACCAUUUUCCAUUUAGAUACCGCACUGGUCCAACAGUCCAAUAUUCUUUCCAUGAAGCCGCCCGGUAAAUACGACCUGAGCUAUAUCCAGAGACUCCUUGCAUCUCAAGACAUGGGGCCCUGGGCAUUGGAUGGCCCCGACUCUGAGGUCUGGGGUACCAUCAAGAAUCCCAAUGGCUAUGAACCAGACAUAGUUACGCUACUACCCCGCAAAGAAAAGGACAUGUUUUCCAAAUAUGUCACUACCAGCGGCAUAUCCAAGUGGUUCAAGUGGCGCUUGGACCGUUUCCGCAAGCCGUCUCCUGUACAUGGCCUAGUCAUUUACGAGGAAAACACUCUGCUGCGCCUCACGUAUCUGGUCUCAACAACACUGGCGUCUUUACUUCCGAUUGCAUCUAUCGUGGUUCUAUAUUUUGUACACUCGAUGAAAGUGCGUCUGGGUAUCAUCGCAAUCUGCAAUGUUCUCACUAUUCUUUGUCUUGCUUUCUUUACUAAUGCGAGGACCACGGACAUUUUUGCUGUUGCUGCGGCUUUCUCUGCUGUUCAGGUUGUUUUUGUGCAGGGGGGUGGUGACACUACUGUUAGCUAGUAAAGGAUCUGGAGG